UGAUUUUUUCCUCCAAGAUCCAAACUGUUUUCUGUACAAAGUACAAGACAUGUAAGUUAGUUACAACAUUUUCGCGACGAUAUCGCAGUGUGAAUACCCAUUUGUGUAGACCAAGACUAUUAGUUUGAGUAUGUUUGGAACACAAAGAAAGCAGAUUUUGCUGGCCAUGUAGCCGUUUUCUAGCCAAGCUGUCGAGUUGUCGUUGGAGCAGCUGUCAUUGACAUGAGGUCCUACGAUUUGUUCGAGCUGGUUCGCCUGCUAGAUGUUCACCCGAGCAGUCAGUAUCGAACUGGUUUGAGUGAGAGCAGCUCCAGCAGCAAGCGGCGCGGCGCCCCCAUCUGUGAUGCUGUGUGGUGUGAAUCCAGUAACGCUGCCCAUCAGCUACUGGUCUUGAGAUGCAGCGAUGGAAAUCUCCUGCUCAGGUUUGACCCAAGCUCAGGGGUGAUGGAAGGUGACUGCCAAGAAAGUGUCAAGCUGAAGCAACUGAAGUGGUUUGUGUCACCACAGCGGGCUAUCUGCUGUAUGGUCCUCGACCCCAGUGCCGAGUGGCUGGCAUGCGGCUGUCGUGAUGCCAGCAUCGCCCUUGUGCCCGUUUUCUCACUAGUGACGGGUCGUUCAGCUCACUUAUCUCAACUACCAACUGAUGACAUCACCAUGAUCAUGCCCAUGGAUGAGAGAGCUGCACCGACAUGCAUGAUCUGGUGGCGUACGAUGGGUGGUAGAUCAGUGGUUAUCAGUGCAUCGGCUGGUGGCGAUCUGGUCUUCACUGACAUCAUACUGCGCCGUGAUGUCACUAAGACCAAUAUCAGCUGCGUAGUCAAGUCCAUGCAGCUGAUCAUCAACUCCAGACUAAACACCACACAUUUACUGAUUGGAUCGUCCGAUGGCCGCUGGUUUAGAAUGCUGCUGGAGAGCGACUCUACAGAGCUAGUGGUAGCGCACGGCUUUGACAUCAUCUCCGGUGUGACCGACACGGGUGAGGUAGUCAGCAUGGACCCCGGCCAGUCCAUCAACAACAUCCUACAUCGAGACGAGGUGCAGAUGCCAUUCCUACCCAAGCUUAUGCAACUCCCUCUUGGUGUGGCUGUGACAGUACAGCACCGUGGCAGUCAAACCUUCAUGGCUGUUCAUAACAGCUCCAACAACACUCUGCAGUUGUUUGACGCCGACGUGGAGUUGCAAGGCAAAGCUCUGUACACGUACAACCUGCUAUCGGCCACUCGCAAGCUGUGCAUCACCGACCUGAUGAUGUUUGCCGUCCAGCUGCAGUCGCAGUCGGCUAGUUCGGACAGCGUCAGCGCAGCGUCCGAAAUGUCCGAGUCCCAGCGAGGCCUGAGCGGUUCCUGGAGUAGUGUCCAGCUGUCCGAAGCUGAGCCAGAACCUGAGCCAGAGACUCCGUCAGCUGCUGUACUCAAUGUGCUGUCCAUGCAGUUUGCUUCUCCGGGUGUUCGGCUAAGCCCACCAGUACGUUCUGUGUCAAGCGGUGAUCUUGCCGUGCAGCGUUUCUCAUUUCCGGACGGGGAACAUCCUCUCGGCGUGUAUGCCUGCUCGCCGCAGCCCAACAGUGACGAAUCUCCUCUCCUGUCGGUCAGCGGAGGAGGGCUGGCAUCAACACCAUCGCUGUCUGCUCGGCCAUCGUUUCGCCUGCCUGGCUGCGUGAUUGUCACCACGCAUGGGCUCUACCACUGCAUGCAGACGAACGACCCGGAGGCCAUGUUCCUGGAUCUGCUAAGCAGUCACAACUGUGACACGACUGACGCGGACUGUCUGGGUGUGAUGAUGAAACUGGACGUGUGCAAACUCUACCAGAUUGCAGCUGAUGAGAAGUUGCAAGACGGCCUGGUCAGCGAGGCAAUGAAGUACUAUCACCUCUCAAAGUGUUCCCAUGUUAGUUUGGUGAACCGCCUAGCAUCAUCGCAGCACAUGGAGGCUGCCUUGGCCUACCUGCAGAAGGUUAUGAAAGCUGAUACAAGUGGGCCUGAAAGCAAGCAACUCUCUGACAUUCUCUUCCAAGUCUUUCUUCAGCAGCUGCUGUCCUGCCCGGACCAAGGUGGCCAACGUACCAAAUUGCUCUCACGCCUCCAGCGGUUUGUCACGGAUGAUUUCAACUACGACCCAAUGGAAGCCAUGACGCAGCUGGCGGACCAUGGUUUUGCUGGCCUGGUCCUGGACAUCGCACACACGCGCGGACUGGCUUCUGAUGGCUUCCAGCUGCUCUUACAACGUGGGCAUGCAGAGAUCCCUAGCUCGUCCUGUGACACUAUCAUCAGUCGGGGUGGUGCCCGCGGCUUAUCCUCCUACAGGGAUGGUGUGUUCUUGCGCUGUCUGCAACCUGCAUCUGUUAUUCAGUUUGUCCUGGCUGAUCUGGACAAGUUGUCCUCACAUCUUCCUCUCCUCCGUCAGCUCUUGCCGCAGCUGGAGCAUUCCUCUCUGCUGCGUCUGGCCAGGGUGUUUGACCCGAGUCGCUCCAUCAUACGCCCACGGCUGGCCAAGUCCAAGCGCAAACAUGCACGACGUGGAUCGAAUGUGUCAGUAGCGUCUCUGUCAUCGUUGAAUUCUGUGCUGAGUGAUUCAUCAUUCACACAGCAAGAACUUCGGAGAACCACUGGUGAAGCGUAUGUUGAGUUCUUUCUCGCUGUCCUGCUACUUCUGCGACAGCGAAGAUCCGUCAGCAGCGUGUCUGAAACAGCCUUCAUCAUGUCGGGCAUUGAUGAGGAAAUCUCUCGCCACCUGGCAAGGCAGCGCAGCGAUUCGAUCCAUGGCACGAGGCGGAAGCGUCACACUCAGCUGCCCAUGACGCACUCAAAGCGCCCCUCACAGCUUGUGGCGUGUGGAGAACUGCACGCCGCUGCCGUGUCCAGUGGUGCCCUGCACACAUGGGGUAAAACCAGGGAUGGCAGACUUGGCCACGGUGACAUCAUUGAAGAGGAAGGCUGCACCCUGCCACUGCGCGUUGAGAUCCUGCACAUGCACGGCAUCCAGGUGCUGGCCGUGGACUGCGGCUGUGAGCACACGCUAGCGUUGUGCCAGGACGGCGUGUACGCCUGGGGCUCGUCCAAGUACGGUCAGCUGGGCCUGGGCGACAGGGACCGGCGUACACGGCCGUCCAUCAUCACCGAGCUGAGCGACAAGAACAUCAUGACGGUGGUGUGCGGCCAGUACCACAGCAUGGCGCUGUCGCGUGACCAGCGCGUCUACAGCUGGGGCUGGGGCGUGCACGGCCAGUUGGGGCUGAGCAGCUGCGAGGACAGCAUGUUCCCCAUGCGCAUCACCGCCGUCGGCAAUCUGCGUAUCAAGGCCGUCUCGGCUGGCUACUGCCAUUCGGCGCUGCUGUCUCGCGACGGUGCAGUGCUGACGUUCGGUAAUAACCAGUAUGGCCAGCUGGGACUCGGCAACAACAUGAAGCAGUCAGCGCCGCAACUUGUCAAGUCACUGGAAAAGGAGCGCGUCACGCACAUCGCGUGUGGCAACUUCUUCACGGUGGCUAUUACAGAAGGUGGUGACAUCUACCAGUGGGGCCGUAAUCUGCAAGCAACACACAGAGGACAGCUUCGAGGGUAUAUCCGAUCUCGUCAGAACAUCACUGAACUGGUCAACUGCAAUCUGAAUGUUCCACAGAUGAUCCAGUGUGGCUUUGAAGGCAAGGUUAAGCAGAUAUCCUGUGGUAGCUGCCAUGGCUUACUACUCACUGACUCGUGUCAUCUCUAUGCUUGGGGUGCUAAUGACUAUGGCGAACUAGGCCAAGGCGCAAGGAAUUUUCAGAUCACGCCCAAACUGAUAAGCUCUCUGAAGGACCGGCGCAUCAUCUCUAUGGCAACUGGUGAUCAGUUCUCUGUGGCACUGGACCACUAUGGUGAAGUCUGGGUGUGGGGUCGGGGUGACGGCGGACAGCUUGGUAUGGACAAACGUCACUUUGCGGUGAACAGCAGUGACUUGGAGGAGCCAACACCAUUGCAAGGUUUAUCUCAGUCCACUGGUCUGGUAUCUCCUGGUUCACAGCAGUUAGGUGUGCCAUCAUCAUUUGGUGUGAAUCCUUCCGAUACGGAAGAUGACCUGGACAUCGACUUUGACUUGCCAGAGCUGGCUUCUUUUGGAGGUGUACCGUAUGGUGAUCAGGCGUUGAGAAUCUGCCUGGAGCACUUGCAAGGCUACUACAGCAUUCUGCGGUUUCUUCGGUUAUGUAUGGACUGGGAACAAUGGCAGAGUGCAGCUGACAUGUGUGAUCAACUACAGCUGUGGCCACUGGCUUUGGAAAGCCGCCUGGAGCACUUGGCAGUGUGCAAGCUGUCAUCCAAUGAGACGUUGAAUGAAGUGCAAAUCCUGUUUGAGAAGUACCUCAGCUAUAUCCUUGGAGAUGCUGUUGACACUGCUCUGGACACUGGCCAAUUGACAAAGCUGAUAUUAGCUCUGGUCAGCUUCUGGAAGCGCGUCUCGCUGCCACUGAGCAACCUGGAAGCUGCACUGCGUCGACAUCUUUCUGUCCUCGCAGAGCCGCUCAGUAAUCUCAUUGUCCAUAGUUCCAAAUCACCACCGAGUGCUUACAAAGGUGGAGGUGGAGAUGAGAAGACAGCAAAGGCACGUGCUGAUUCAGCGGUCAGGUUGCUUGGUGAACUUAGCUCGUCAUUCCAUCUUCAAGUGGUGGCACAGACAGUCAAGCAGGUCACGGCAUUGGGGCCAGCGAACGUUGCGCCGGCAUCUUCUCUACCAAGAGGUGGCAGAUCCAGUGCAGAUCUGGCAGCCAGUGGUCGCAACGUGGAGCAAUCAUUAUGGAGUGAUAUUCUCCAACAUCUCAGCAAAAACCUCCACCAGAACCACAGCAUCACAGUACCGCAGUCUGCUCUCGACAUGGCCACCAUAUCACCAUCAUCAUCACUGACGCCAGCCCCAUCAUCCUCGUCUCAAUCGACAGCAACAGCAGCAAAGGAAUUUUCAACAUCGCCUCCUCGUCGACUGUCCGGCAUUGGGGGCAAUGCUGCUAGCAAGAGCACUAAUGAUCUAGUCGUGUUUAGCUGUGGACACUCCUUCACUAGAAAAAACUUUGAUGACAGCGUUGUGCCGGAGUUCCGUGACCUGCUGUCCAACCUACCUGUGUCACUAUCCAACACAGCGUAUCAACUGCAGGGCCACUACUUGCACUCACCAUGCCUGGCUGCUGCCUGCCCGCUGUGCGUGUACGACUACCUGCGGCAAGUGCAGCAUGACAGUUUGGCUGUACAGUAGUAGUAGGAAUGUUUACAAUUUUAGGGAGUGCUCAAUAGUAGCUUGCAGUGCACUGGAAUAGUCUGUACAUAACAGUUAUUAUACCUCCUUCCCUUAGUUAUCCUACUGUCUGGCUGCGUACAUUGCUCUGUGCCAUUGAUAUGGUACAGCCGUGGUGUCUUAGUCUCCCCCUCUAGUGUGUAUUGUUGUGUAGCUUCGACCGUUUUCUAUGUAGGGUUGUUCUCUCUCUCUCUCUCUCUCUCUCUCUCUCUCUCUCUCUCUCUCUCUCUCUCUCUCUCUCUCUCUCUCACACACACACACACACACACACACACACACACACACACACACACACACACACACACACACAUACACACACACACACACACACACACACACACACACACACACACACACAAAGCUUGGCAUGCCCUGCCUUGCUCUUUUUAGUUUGAUCCCAGUGCACCUGGUACUGCACCACCAAUCGCAUCAUAGUAAAUCAUAGAUCCUGGCGAGGCGGUCAGUAUAUUGAAUAUUCCUUCUAUCCACAAAAAGAUAUACCACCACGCAAACUAGAACCCAACGAAACAUUAACCACUCAUGUAUCCCUCAUAUCAUGCAUAUCGUAUACUAUUCUUGAUAUGACACCAUUUACCUCCAUGUCUAUUUAGGUCGUUGAAGAAGCCUCGAAAUCAGGUGAAGGCUCAUUUUAUAUUUCAAAGAUUUUUGAUAAUUUUUACAAUUUUUUAAGCAAUUGUUACUUUCUACUUCUGAAGUAGAAGACGGCGAGUAAUAAAAGGUGUGAAACACA